GGAAUAUUACAGCAGUCAGAAGAAGUGUUACAUGUAACGCCGAUAAAGUCACUGAACUGAAUCAAAAGGUGAAAAAUCGCUGUUUUCGUCGCACUUGGCAACAUGGUCAACGUACUCAAAGGCGUCCUUGUUGAAUGUGACCCUGCCAUGAAACAGUUCCUGCUUUAUUUGGAUGAAACCUCAGCCCUUGGAAAGAAGUUCAUCCUGCAGGACCUGGAUGACACGCACCUCUUCAUUUUGGCAGAUGUGGUUCAAAUUCUGCAGGAGAGAGUGGGCGAGUUAAUGGACCAAAAUUCAUUCCCCAUUACACAGAAAUAACUCUUUAUGGAUAAUUAGAUUUAUUUA